AUGCGCAAGCACCAGCUUGGAUAUUUGGAUAAACGUGAAGAAAGAAGCAUGGCAGACAAACCGGAGGAGUUGCCACUAGAUCGGGUGCAGGUAAUGUAUAAACACCACUUUGAUAAGGUCUUCUUCGACAAAAUUAUAGUUGUUAUAUGGGUGCCAGGAAAAGUGGGGUGAUAUCAGUGGGGUAUAUUGUGUAAGCCACCUUUCUCUAGAGCUAGCAACUCGCUGGCUAGCCAGCUAGCUAACAAGCUAGGUAGCUUGUGUGCAGUCGGAUAGUUCGCCACCGCACGAGGCAAGUCACUCAGUUAUUUUCUGUAUCUCAACGAGGAACGCUGUGAAUACAUUCUCAAGGAUAAAAUGCGUACACCUCCCUCAAUUGGUUAUCUUGGUGAAAGUGGCUUUGGAAAAAUAUCGACCCUUCACUACUCUGACUUGUAGGCGCAAAGUGAAAAAAUUGUAACUAAUUAAAGUUAGCUAGGUAGCUAACGUUACCGCGUUAGCUUUCUCAGCUGAGCGGACUCUAGUUCAGCACGAGUUGUAAGCUAAUGAAGCUGGUUAUUUAAUAUAGGUUGUCUAUUUGCACAAAAUGACCGAAAUAUGAAUUUGUUGUCAGUGUAUUGGCUAUUUCUUCACACAUUAUCACUGUGUUCCUAGGUAAAGAAGGCUGUUCAAGCACUGCAGGCUUUCCUGAAGACCAAGUCCACCCCAGACUCUCUGCUCCUGGACGAGAGUCAACACCUCUCCCUCCUCUUCACACUAUGGAAGAUCCCCAAGCAGGCCCAGACCAUCCGCAUGUGAGUCCAUUUGCCCCAACACAGUACAGAGCUACAAAACAACAUGGCUACAUAAUACAUGCAUAGCUAUUGAAAAAUCUGUCGAACUUGUUGCCCAUGCAACACCCUGUCCUGGAGCAUAUGUGGUGAAACUGUUAUACUAAUCACAAGUCGCUUCUGUUUAUCUCUCUCUCAGCCCCUUGCCUUAUGGCAUCCGCACCGACACAGACGAGGUGUGUCUCUUCACCAGAGACGAGCCCAACAUGACCCCUGACCAGACCCAGAGGUUCUACAAGAAACUCCUGGCAGAGAGAGGGGUCAAGAACGUCACAGAGGUAUUUCUAAAUACUAUAAUAGAUUGUAUUUAUAUAAGGCUUUUCUAGACACUCGAAGCGCUUACCUCAUCCUCCAAUGCAUCUCUUCAACUGAUUUACUCUAGUCUGAAGCUAGUGUUUGGCCAUCCAAUGUGAAUAAGUGCACCCCAGCAAACCCUGUCCUCCUGUCUGUGUUUGACAUGGGCAAUGAUGGUGCCAUAGUGACUCAAAAUAUAUCCAGACGGACUUCCCUCUCUAUUGGAGUCUGUCUCUACAAUUUUGAGACAGUUACUUACUGUCAUACUGUAUAUGUAUGUAAUAAUGAUGAUGAGUGCUUAUGUAGUUUCGAUAUUGUCCUCAUUUACUUAUUGGCACAUGAGACUCGACUCACCCAUGCAUAUCCCAUUGUCUUUCUUUAGGUGAUCCCUUACAAGACGCUGAGGACCGAGUACAAGCCCUUUGAGGCCAAGCGACGGCUGCUGGGGAAUUUUGACAUGUUCCUUUCAGACGACCGCAUCCGCCGCCUGUUGUCCUCGCACAUCGGCAAGCACUUCUACGAGAGGAAGAAGUAAGCUUACAAAUGCUUGUAAAUAUUAUUGGUUGAUCAGCUUGUCUAUUUUAGUCAAAUGAAAUCUAUUUAAAGACUCAUUUUGGCACUGGUUCGGAACCUGGUUCACUCUCAGUAUGAAUUUUGGUUUAACUCCGUUGCUAUAUGAAACUCAUUCCAGUGAGGCAGCGGAGCAGUAUCCUUUUUGUGCUGUCUCCCUGUUCACUCUCUGGGAACAUCAACAAAGCCCCUAGUGCUGUUCCCUGGUUUUCAAAUGCAUGAAAUCACACAAAUCUUAUAAGUUUUUAAAUGUGCCUUUAAGCUAGCCCUUCCAGAGUUCUAAUCUAAUUGUGUGUGUGUUUUCCCUCCCCUGCUUAGGGAGCCUUUGUCAGUGAACCUGCAGAGCAAGAAGCUGGCCUUGGACAUCCAGAGAACCAUCCAAGGAACAACAAUCUCAAUUUCUAAGAAAGGCUGCUGCUGGUGAGGCUUGCUCUCUGACUUGACCAAUAAGUGCACCUCAGCAAACACUGUCCUCCUGUCAGUGUUGGACAUGGGCAAUGAUGGUGCCAUAGUGACUCAAAAUAUAUCCAGACGGAUCUCCCUCUAUUGGAGCCUGUCUCUACAACUUUGAGACAAAAUGGCAAGUAAUGCACAUUAAUUCAUAUACACACUGCCUCCAGUAACAUGUUAUUGUUUGUGUUUUAGCAUGGCUCGUGUGGCCCACUCUGGGAUGGCUGCAGAUGAAAUAGCAGAGAAUAUUGAUUCAGCUGUCAGCACCAUCGUGACGAAACUACGCAUGGUGAGUUUGCUGCCAGGGUGUCCUCCUGAUCUCCCUAAUCAAUUGUACCCCGUCAACAGAUAUUUACACUUUUAUUAUACGUUAAAUGGUAAGGUGUACUCAAUGUUUAUUAAUGUUAAAGAAAUGUGUGGGCCCAGUCUGAAAAUCACCUUUGAUAUCUCUGUUGUCGGGGGUGAGAUUACUGGGCCUAUAGUACUGUGGUACGUUAAGCUUAUUGCCUGCUCUGUAUAGCAGUGUGAUUAAACCCAUGUGCCUACAAUCCUCCCUUGUGACAAAGAAAGUGGCCGCAAUCCGAGUGAUACGAUACACAGUGUAGCAAUGAUGUCUUUGGAAGUAACAUUUAAAAUGUUUUCUUCACAGAAAUAGUUUUGACCUAAAUGUAUGAGUGAACAUGUUCUUUGAGUCUAAAUAUGGCUGCUGUCUUUCUUGCAGAAAGGACCAUUGAUAAAGAUUAUCCACCUGAAGAGCCAGUCAUCAGUGGCUCUGCCUAUCUACACCUCUAACCUGAGUAACCUGACCCUGAUAGAGGAAACACAGAAACAGGCGCGCACAGCCAUGGACGCCAAGGUAGGACUGCUACACACACAUGCUUGUAAAUUGCAUUGGAAGAUUAUAUUGUUAGUUGAUCAAUUAUACAUUUUUGUCAAAUGAAAUCUUCCGAAGGACUCGUCUUUGCACUGGUUCGGAACCUGGUUUACUCUCUGUAUUAAUUUUGGUUUAAAUCCAGUGCUAUAUGAAACUCAUUCCAGUGAGGCAGGGGAGCGGUAUCCAUUUUGUGCUGUCUCCCUGUUCACUCUCUGGGAACAUCAAUAUAGCUCCUAGUGCCACAUAUGGACUAUUGAGGUAAAUUGCAUAUAUGUAUAUAUGCGCUCCCGAGUGGCGCAGUGGUCUAAGGCACUGCAUCGCAGUGCUAGCUGUGCCACUAGAGAUCCUGAUUCGAAUCCAGCCGCGACCGGGAGACCCAUUGGGCGACGCACAAUUGGCCCAGCGUCGUCCAGGGUCGGGGAGGGAAUGGCCGGCAGGGAUGUAGCUCAGUUGGUAGAGCAUGGCGUUUGCAACGCCAGGGUUGUGGGUUCGAUUCCCACGGGGGGCCAGUAUGGGGGGGGGGGGAAUAAAAAAUAAUAAUGUAUUCACUCGCUAACUAAAUGACUAAAAUGUUAAAUGUGUGUAUGUGUAUAUAUAUAUAUAUAUAUAUAUAUAUAUAUAUAUAUAUGCACACAUGCGCUGGAUCUCACAUCCUCCUGCACAUUUUGAAUUUCAGAAAAAUGCAAGUAAACAGAAGUCUGAAAAGAAGGAACAGAAGUAUACAGAAAAAAACUCAGGUGCUGAGGGGGAGGAAGAGAUUCCACAGCUGGUUCCAAUAGUAACGCCAAAGAAAAAGGCUAAACUGGAGGUCUGUACCCCACUAGUGUCAAAUGCAUUUUAAUAUUAUUAAUAGAUUUAAUUUUUAGUUGAUCAAUUUGUCUUUUUGUCAAAUUCAAUAUUUCGAAGGACUCGUCUUUGCACUGGUUCGGAACCUGGUUCACUCUCAGUAUGAAUUUUGGUUUAAAUCCAAUGCUAUAUGAAACUCAUUCCAGUGAGGCAGGGGAGCGGUAUCCCUUUUGUGCUGUCUCCCUGUUCACUCUCUGGGAACACUGCCCCCUAGUGCCACAGAUGGAUUGUGGAGGUUAAUUGACCCACCUCUUUGUAUCUACAGAAGAAGAAAAUACUCCUGUCAGUACUGUGCUAAUUGUUUGCUUCUCUCUCCGAUCCCGUAGAAGCCGACCAAGAAGGGACUUGCGAAGGUACCCAAACCAACAGGAGGAAAGAAAGGUAUAAAAGGAAAAAUUACCAAGAAGGUUGCAAAAAUACCCCCACAAAAUAUGAAAAGAAAAGUGCCUAAAUCUUAGUCUGUCAGCUCAAUGGAACACAACUCUCCUUGCUCUCAUUACUAUUUGUGCAUUACUCCCCCUUUCUCUACAUGACUUCGUCAUACUGAUAUAAAGGACUGGUUCUAAAUGUAUAUAACUGUUGACGUUUCAUUUUGUUGAAUUGAUCCAAGGACAAGCUCAAAUGAGUUGCAAAUUCUUUGUCUGCCCCAUAACAGGGGUUUGUUAAAUCAUAUUUUGUGUAAGCCCAACUUGUAAAUUAAAAUAAUUAAUAUUACCACAAA